UGGCAAGCGGAUGUGCCUGGCUGUGCUCGGUUUCCGUGUUGGAACUCUGUUGUUCGUGCUGAAACUUAGCUGGUCUUCACAAUGGAUACCGAAGUUAUUAAAGUCUUGCUUGAUUCUCAAGAAAAGACUUUCCAUACCGCCAUGGAUUUUGUAGUUGACCAGUUCAAGUCAAGAAUACGGGAGGCAGAGGUAACCAUCCAGGACCUAACUCGAAGCCUGGAGUUUUCUCAGGCCGAAGUCAAGGAUCUACAAAGUGAAGUAAGAGUUCAGGAAAUUCGCAAGUGAAAUUUUGAAGUCACAAAUUAAGGACCUUGAACAAAGACAGAAUUACCAAGAAGAUUAUAACAGACGAAAUAAUUUACGCAUAAGUGGGAUUGAAGAAAAACUUGGUGAAACAUGGGAAGAAACAGCCAUAGCAGUGUCGAAGCUCAUUGAAGAAAAGCUUCAGUUGCCUGCUGUAAAAUUAGAACGCGCUCGCAGAACCGGACGUGUUUCGCCUUCUCGUUCUCGUGUUGUUGUCGAGAUUCGAGAAGUUCAGCGAUCGAGAAGCAGUGAUGCGAAAUGCUAGAAAAUUGAAAGGUUCUGAAAUAUAUAUAGAUGAAGACCUUUGCCCUGCAUCCCAAGAAAUUAGAAAGAGUCAGAUACCUCUCAUGAAGAAGGCCAGAAAAGAAGGCAAGAUUCCUUUCUUCAGACACACCAGGCUAAUCAUAAAAGAUAAGAGUACUAAAUAUCAACUCCAGGGAAGAAGCUCUGGCAGUGAAGGUGUCUCGACCCGUGAAGCAGUGGGUGACGUCACGGGAGCAGUGCACCAGGCGAGUGAAGCAAGUGGUGGUGAAUCAUCGGUUGAUGCUGAAGGUGGAAAUAAUUAUGCCUCGACUCGUGGCGCUGUGGGACACGUCUCGGAAGCAGUGGUCCAGACAAAUGAAGCAAGUGGUGGUGAAUCAUCGGUUGGUGGUGAAGGUGGGAGUACUGGUGGUCCCUACUCUGCUCUCACUGGAUCCUCUGGUGUCGGUGGUGGUAGUGGGUCCUGCCAUGGCCGCCCCACACCCUCGGGUACUGGUGGUGGUGAUGGGCCUCCAGAUGCAGCCCCGACACAGCGACAGCAGCAGACUUCACGUACCAGAAAUCGCAGGAAGUCAAUUCCUCCCAAUGACAAUGACCGCGUAACACUCGUUACACUCCACAAGUGUUCAACAUCCCGGACGGGCCCCCAUAUUCAGGAAAAGAAGAUGAGGUUUAGUAGAGGAGAGGUGGUGUUCUACAGAUUGAAAAUUAGAUCUAAGACCACGAAUGUUGCAGAAGUCAAUGAAGAAAAAGUUGAGGAGGGUCGGUGCCAGAAGAGGAGUCCGACCUGGGGACAUCUGUGGUCCCCUUCCCAGGUGGAGACUCCGAGGCCGGUGUAGGAGUCGCCAUGAUAAUUUUUUAUUUUGAGUGAAGGGUGUGUGUGUAAUUAGGUGCUUGUAGUUUUGUGUUGAGGAAGAGAGUUGUCUUUAGAGGGCAGGCUGUGACUGUCCCCUUGUGUUGUGAGACACAGAGGGAAACGUUCAGUGAGGUCACAGCUGGCUUUAAUGAUAAGUUCACAGCACCCCCUGAUCCAGUGCUGCACACCUCACUGGGAGUAAUUAUCGUUUCGGCAGGCGCCUACUGUCUCCUGUGCCUCCUGUGUCUCAAACCUUCAUACAUCACGUGGGUACACAGGCAGUCUCUAUGCAGUGACUCAAUAUGUCCUGCUGUGAUUAUUUAACCCUUUCACUGUGAUAACCAGCGACUCACAAUAUUAAAAAAAAAAAAUUUAUAGGUAUCGGUAAGAGAGAAGGGGAUACAAAACUAAAUAUUAUACAAUUUGUAUCAAGUGCAAUGUCUGGAGGUGGUGGCUGUACAACGAGAAAAAUGUUCUCAGAGUGAAUGGUGGUUAAGGAAAGAUGUGGUAAAUAACAAUGAAAGGGUUAAGUGGUACGGAAGGUACAGUGGGGGAGCUGAGACAAACACCUGGGCCAGCAGCGGGGCGGUGGUGUGGUCUCUGCAUACGGUGACAGGUGUCGCUAGGUGGCUGGGGCGAGCCGAACGCUUUGCCGCUUCUAUGCAAGCCUGGAAAUGUAGUUUUUAGAUGAUCCUUUUGUAGAUGUGACAGUAAAACAGAACACCAUAUACGAGUUUUUGUUUGAUGACGUUUCGUGUUAGCUGGUGGAGCAGGGUUGGCCUAAUCCCUAAUUGUUGGGUAGAGAAAUAAAUGUCUUACCAGCUGAUUUACUGCUAAACCACUGAAGGAUUACUGUUAGCCCAACAUGCUGCUGAUAGACUGGUAAGUCUUCAGGCAGGACAGGGCUUACAUGGUAGAGGCAAAGUGUGCAGCUCACCCCAGCGACACAUCGACACUGGUGAAGCUCUGAACCCGUCAGUGUUGCCAUGCGCAGAGACCACACCACCACCUCGGUGGUGGCCCAGGUGUUAAUGUUUGAUAAGUCCUCUACUGUACAUGUUUGCCUGGUGCUUUUAGUGAUGUAUGAGUGGUUGUAAUGAGACUGUUUGCAUUAUGUUUUAAGUUGUAUGGUUAAGGUUAGAGAAGAGGGAGGAACUGUGAGGGAGUGAAAAAGGUUAGGAAGUGUGGGUAGGAGAAGAGAGAGAGAGGCAGUGCAUUGUGGGGGAGGAAAAGAAGGAAGGAGUGAAGAGGGCAUGGGAGGGAGGGUGUAGGGAGACAGUUGGUUGGAGUAGGGAGGAAGAGUGAGAACGGGAAGGAAGAAAGUGAUGGUAGAAAUAAAGUGAUAUAAAUAACAUUACCGUCCAUUCUCUCUCCUCAAACCAAUUGACCUAACAACCCAUUGCAAAACUAUUCUUGCAGUGCUAAGACCCAGACCUGCAUGGGGCCCUGUGUGGCUCAAACUAUGAAGGGAAUUAAAGGUAACUUGGCAAUAGUGCUGACGUCACACUAGUCAGCUCUCAGGCAGGAGUGGGUGUGCUGUGUGUUGUGGAAGUGUGAAGACGUGUGUGCUGUGCUGCCUCGCGUGUACUGCUGUGUGUUGUUCUAUGUGGGUGUAGUGUGUGUGUGUGUGACUCUGGAAACACUGGCCAUGCGCUGGAGUACAGAAGACGUGGGUAGUGUUGUGUUGUGUUAGCUAAGGCGGGAACACAGUAGGAGUCAAGAAACAGCCUGUGGGAGUGUUUACUUCCGUGCAUCGACCAGGAGGAGUUAAAAUCCCCGAACUUCCUGGAUGUUCACAGUAUUCCUUCAGUUCACAGUGCGGAAAAAUGCAACUUGAAGCCCACCACCUGAAUGCCGCUGAACGCCCUGACCAGAGCAGCAGUUGUGUGAAGUACUGCCGCCCCGCCGCCGCUGUCUGGGAGUGUGCUGCCUUUUGGGUCAAAAGGAGAUAAUUGGUGGGCUGUGCGUGGUGAGUGCCACAUUGUCUGUGAGGGACCCCCAGAGCCACACAGCACCAGCUGCAACAGCUACAGCAGCAGCAGCAGCAGCAGCAGCAGGAGGAAAUGGCAUCCACCUUCUACCUCACCCAGUGUCACCGGGGCCUCCUCCUCCUCCAGCAGCUGGCCAGGGUGCAGGGACAGGAUGAGCAAGCAGGUAGUGACAGAGAGGGUGGCCAGCUUGUCCCUGCCUCCUGCCACCCAGCCACAGCACUGGCAGUUGCUGCAGUGAGACUGCCCAGGCACAAGUUUGUGCACGUGUCCAGGACGUGAAGGUGAUGGGAACGUGUCCUGUAGGAAGGAGCAGAGCUGUAACAGUACCCGAGUCUGCUGCUGUGCUGGGAGGAGGAGAAAAACAUCAGCAGUACUUAGUAGUGGCAGUAGUAGUAUUCAGCAGUGCUGCUGCUGCUGCUGCUGCUGCUGCUGCUGCUGCUGCUGUCAGUGGUGCAGCUGUUCACUCCUCCACAGCUGCUGCCUUCCCUCAACAUACUGUGUCUUCCCUCACCUACAAUGAACAACUAUGAACAAUACCUCUCGUGCAAUCAGGCAGCGCUCAGCUGUACUCACCGAUAGACUGACCACUAAGAAUUACCUGUGGGCCACAUGACAAGGCCCACGCCAGCCAGGCUUGGUUGCCAGUCAAUAACAACAACAACAACAACAACAACAACAACAACAUCUCGUGCAAUGAAGAACACUGAAUAACAACAACACCUCUCCCCUGCAUCAUCAACAAUCAACAACAUCUGCUUUGUUUCACUCAUGCUGCCCCCCCCCCCCCUCUCUCUCUCUCUCUCUCUCUCUCUCUCUCUCUCUCUCUCUCUCUCUCUCUCUCUCUCUCUCUCUCUCUCACCUCACCUCACCUCAGGCCACAGCGCCACAGUAUGUCCCCCCACAGUAUGUUUACAAACCCAGUGACUCCCCACAGCCCCUCACCAAUAAGUGAGCCCCUCACAAACACACACACACACACACACACACACACACACACACACACACAGCAUAACAUACACAAACGCUGCAUCUUGUACAAUGGCCAUAAUAAAGAAUGGACACACAAAAUGGACAAA